AUGGAGCUGGCCACCGCGAACCUCAGCGAAGGGAACGAGAGCGCGCCCGAGGCCCCCGCCGCGGAGCCCAGGCAGCUCUUCGGCAUCGGCGUGGACAACUUCAUCACGCUCGUGGUGUUCGGCCUGAUCUUCGCGCUUGGUGUGCUGGGCAACAGUCUGGUGAUCACCGUGCUGGCGCGCAGCAAGCCCGGCAAACCACGCAGCACCACCAACCUGUUCAUCCUCAACCUGAGCAUCGCUGACCUGGCCUACCUGCUCUUCUGCAUCCCCUUCCAGGCCACUGUGUAUGCGCUGCCCACCUGGGUGCUGGGCGCCUUCAUCUGCAAGUUCACCCACUACUUCUUCACGGUGUCCAUGCUGGUCAGCAUCUUCACCCUGGUCGCGAUGUCUGUGGACCGCUAUGUGGCCAUCGUGCACUCGCGGCGCUCCUCCUCCCUGAGGGUGUCCCGCAACGCGCUGCUGGGCGUGGGCUUAAUCUGGGCGCUGUCGAUCGCCAUGGCCUCGCCCGUGGCCUACCAUCAGAGCCUUUUCCACCGGGACCUCAGCAACCAGACUUUCUGCUGGGAUCAGUGGCCCAACAAGCGCCACAAGAAGGCCUACGUGGUGUGCACCUUUGUCUUUGGCUACCUGCUACCCCUGCUGCUCAUCUGUUUCUGCUACGCCAAGGUGGGUGCGGAGCGCGCUGGCCAGAGUCUUGGAGGCAGGACGGAGGGACCACCGAAUCAGUGUGGCUCUUCUGCCGCCGAGCUGUGGCUGUGCCCCCUUCUUAGUGUAGCAUCACGGGUUCCCUCCACUCCGGUUUGCCCUCGCCUCUGCUUGCUCCCGCAUGGUUUGGUGUGGGAACAAAGUUACUUGAAGUUUGACGGGUGCUGGGCAAGUUUGCGGUUCACGUCUGGAGGUCGGGUGAACGACCUCCUGCUCCGCUGCGGCCCUUAG